AUGGCAUCCGCGAUAUCUUUUGACACCAACAACUCUGGCCUUCAAGCCGGAACAAUCAAUGGUGCAGUCAACACGAACUUUCAUCACCAUGCUCCUCCUGAACGACUAGAAACUCCGCCGAACCCAUCGAUCGUCAUACCCUUCAGUCGCGAUAAAGACUUUGUCGAGCGAGGGACGAUACUCGACCUGAUCUAUGAGAAAUUCACCGGUCCGGGUUCUAGAGCCGCACUUGUCGGUCUUGGCGGUGCUGGAAAGUCUCAACUUGCUAUUGAAUACGCGUACCAAGCCCGAGAUCAAUCACAGGAGACAUGGGUUUUCUGGGUCCAUGCAAGCAAUGCUGCUCGAUUUGAGCAGAGCUUUCGAGAUAUUGCAAACUGUGGAAAGUGGAUUCUUAUGCUUGAUAACGUGGAUGAUGCUAGCUUUCUUGUCCAAGCUCAAAGUGUAGGCCGAGAUGGACAAAGAAACGAUCACAUUGAUAACUCACGACCGCUUAUUACAUAUCUUCCACAGUGCCAAAAUGGAUCUGUUCUUUUCACAACACGAAGCAAAAGUGCUGCGCUAAAGCUAGUUGAGCAACGUGACAUUAUUGCAGUCGAACCUAUGGGGAUGGCAGAUGCGCUAGCACUUUUUGAAAAGAAGCUAGGACAGUGUGACGAUGGCAACAAUACUGCUGAGCUUGUUGAGGCACUAGAGUUUAUGCCGCUUGCUAUUGUCCAGGCAGCUUCAUAUAUAUUGCAAAGAAUACCACGUUAUUCUUUACAUGAUUAUCUUGAGGACUUCCGAAAAAAUGAUCGCAAAAGAACUAAUCUUCUUCAUCAUAAUGGCGAGCAGUUCCGUCGAGAUUGGGAAGCAAAUAAUUCUAUUCUUGUUACAUGGCAAAUUUCUUUCAAUUAUAUACGUCAAACAAGAUCAUCUGCUGCUGACUUGUUAUUUCUGGAACAAAACCAGGAAAGCGAUGGUGAUAAUGAUGAUAGUAGUGUCAGUACUGCAGAAAGUGAUGACGACAAAGAUAACAGUUUGGGGUCUAGUAUAAAUGAUGGGUUCGAGGACGAUAUUUUAGUUUUACGAGAUUAUUCGUUUAUCAACGUUAAUGCAGAUCGCACAACAUUCGAAAUGCACAGAUUGGUACAACUAGCUACACGCAAAUGGCUUGAAGAUCAGAAACAGCAAGAGAAACGGAAACGGCAAUUUAUAAAAAAAUCUCGACGCAGAGCUUCCAACAGGAGAUCGGCAAUAUCACACAAGCCUGAGGAACAAACCUCAUUGGUGGAAUGCGCUUCAAUACUUUACAAGGCAUCAUGGUACGCUUGGGAGAUGGGGAAUGGCAAGGAUGCGGAAAAUCUGUCGGUCAAGGCGAUGAAAGUUAGAAAGGAAAUUCUAGGGCGAGAGCAUGAAGACACGCUAGCAAUGGUCGAGACAAGUAAGGAGAAACUCGGAAUGAAUCAUCCUUUCACACUCAACAUUUUAGCCAAACUAGCGUCUGCAUAUCGGAAUCAAGGGCAAUUCGAUAUGGCCGAAAGAAUAUUUGUGGAAGUGAUGGAGAUAAACAAAAAGAAAUUUGGAUCACAUCAUCCAGAUACGCUUAUUAGCAUGGUCAAUCUAGCAUCGACUUACAGGAAUCAAGAGCGGUGGGAUGCAGCUGAGGAGCUAUUUGUGGAAGUGAUGGAAAUAAGCAAAAGGAAACUCGGAAUGAGCCAUCCGAACACACUCAUAAAUAUAAAUAAUUUGGCAUUUCUAUACAGGAGCAAAGGGCAAUUGAAUACAGCCGAAGAGUUAGAAGUACAAGUGAUGGAGACUCGCAAGAAGAAAUCCGGAGUGGAUCAUCCAGACACGCUCACUAGUAUGGCUGACCUUGCCUACACAUGGAAGAGACAGGAUAAGCAUGAAGAAGCUCUGGAGCUCAGGAGGAACGUGUAG